GUUUCAUUCAGGUGCGCCUUCUUUCCUCUAUCCUAUUCAUCCUAUUGAUCCUAUUCAUCCCUUCACCUUCCUCUCCACAUUCGAGCUCUGAUUCAGCUACCAUGGCAAACUCCCCAUCUCUCCUUACCCAUGUUAUCAACUUUAUGGGAUAUGGCGAUGCACGUUUCGCACCAUCCGACUGGAGUUUUGAACACAAUCCGUUCUGGACAACUUAUCUGCUCACACUGGCAGUUUUUCCUUGUCUAUUCUACUUUACUUGGUAUUUGAACCCUUCUCUCAGCAACAAUAGACUAGGUCUUUCAUGGGUCAUGGGGUUUUAUUCAGCGUGUCUUUUUACGAUAGCUGGAUUUUAUGAGGUUCCUCAUCUACGAACAAUCUUCAACUCUCUUGUCGAUUAUCAGCCUGUAUCUGGAAUUAUACCAUCCAUGCUUGAAGCAACAGAUCCAGUUCAUCCGUCAAGUGCAGACAUACUUGGCUUAUCACCGUUAGCAGCAAAAGAUAUUUGUUAUCCAUUACUAAAAGCAGGAACUUUGGCAUUUGCUACUUUAUUGCCUUCAUUUUUGAAACUGGAGGAUGGGUCCUAUUCAAAGUAUUAUUGUUUCUCAGACUUUAAACUAAGCGACAAUCGAACAUCGUCAAUUGAUGGUGGAUUCAGUUCAAGGAUAUAUGAUCACUCUGAAAAGUCAGCCCAAAGGCCUUUCAUGACAACUGCCUCCUCCUCCUUUUCCUACGAUGAGCACGACAAUUCCAAGAUGGUGGACAGCCCAUUAUCGUUGCGUCACGGUGUAUUUCAGGCCCAGAUGCAGCGACCCCAUUUGUUUUUCUCACUGGAAAAUUAUCCUGAUGAUGGUCGAAUUGGACCACAUAUCAUCGCAGCAAACUUUCAAGCGUUCCUGGCGGUUGAUCUGAUCUUGGGGUUGAUGCAUUACCGUAAGCAACUAGAGCCAUUCUCAACUGUGGUCCAUCAUAUUAUAUACCAUUUUAUUGUAGUCCAUAUGAGAGCCGGAGACAUGCUGUCAGUCUUUUGUAUUUGUGGAACGCCCAUUGAAGCAUCAAGUAUUUUCCUCGCAUUCGGGCGAAUUUUCCCUCAUCGACGUACAAAAACAAUUGAGAGACUCUACUUGCUAUGCUUCAUCUCGACGCGCCUCAUAUAUGUAGCAUUACUCUGGCAUGAAAUCUUCUUCAACUACCCCGACAAGUCAGUUGCAUUCCUGUAUACGAUCACGCUUUCCUUGCACAUCUACUGGUUUAUUCUCUACAUCAAAACUCAACGCAAAUAUCAGGCUAAACUAAGACGACAGCAAUUGUGCAGUGUCCUUCAAUCUCUUGCUAAUACUGUUAAGAAUGAGCUCACAUCUUUGGGGGCGGUUGAGGACACAAAGGACUUUGUUACCGUAUCCAAGAUCAAGACCAAGCCUCCUGCAGAGUGGAAUAUUUCAAAGUUUAUGAGGAAAGAUGGUCUUCGACUUCGACGUCCACUUGAGGAGGUUGAUAUGCAUGAGAGUAGAGCCUCUGUAGAAUUGAGUCAAGAGAAGAAUCAUUUGGACGAUGAUGUUUCUCGUGGAGGAGCCCAG